AUGCCGUUCAUUUCCCUGUACAAUGGCACCGUGCUGCCCAGCUCCUGCACGCCUUCCACCUUCCAGUACCCGAUCCUCCAGGGCGCGGACUUCCUGACCCUCAACACCAACUACAUCUCCAAUUACUCGGCCUACAUCGUCAAUGGCUACUACCCGGGCCACCCCAACGCCAACGUCGUUGGCGCCUCCUUCUGCAACGUUUCCGUCUCCUACACUCGUCCGGGUCAGAACAAUACCAUCAACGCCCAAGUCUGGCUGCCUACGACAUGGAACGGCCGCAUGCAAGGCAUCGGUGGCGGCGGCUUCGGCUCGGGCCUCUAUGACACGGUCUUCCAGGGGAUGUAUGCCUCGGUCGGCGACGGCUUCGCAACAGUCUCCAACGAUGCCGGUCUGCCACAGCCAAUGAACGUGACAGCGCCAGAAUGGGCCCUGACGAGCACGGGCAACGUGAACCUGUACGCGUUGCAGAACUUCGCGUCCAUAUCGCUAAAUGACGGUGCGGUGAUCGCCAAGAGCAUCAUUCGGCAGUACUACGGCCAGAACAGCUCCUAUGGCUACUGGAGCGGCUGUUCCGGCGGCGGUAGGCAGGGCAUGAUGCUCGCGCAGGAGGCGCCUGAUGCUUACGACGGCAUUAUGGCCGGCUCACCCGCUAUGAACUGGCCGUCUUUCUUCGUCGCAGACUAUUGGCCCCAGACCGUGCAGCAGGAGCUCGGCGUCGUGCCACUGAACUGUGAGCUGGAUGCGAUCUCGGCCGCCGCGGUGGCGCAGUGUGACGGCGACGACGGCCUGAUUGACGGGGUAGUCUCAUUCCCAGAGCUGUGCAAAUUCGAUCCGCGAAUCCUCGUGGGCACCACGGUUGCUAACUGCAGCGACACAGGCGUAAGCCAGGUCAUCUCGCCCGCGGCAGCAACGGUGGCGCUUGCGGUGUGGGAGGGCGCCAAGGACGUCGUGCGCAACGAGUCGCUGUGGUAUGGUUUUAGCCGCGAUGCCACGCUAACCAGUGAGUCGGGUCUCGCGGGACCGGAUUACUUUAUCAGUCCCGAAGAGUGGGUGAAGCGAUUCAUCUUCAAGGACGCAAGCACAGAUACGUCGAACAUUAUGCCCUCGGACGUGGCCGAGCUCUUCCACAAGUCAGUGCAGUGGUACCAAUCCUUGAUCGGGACUGCCGAUCCGAAUCUGGAUAAGUUUAAAGCGAAUGGAGGCAAAAUUGUCUCUUUCCAUGGAUUGGCUGACGGCCUCAUCUCUCCGUGGGGGACCCAAGACUACUACGACAAGGUUACGGCACGCGACUCUGCAGUGCACGACUACUACCGCCUCUUCUUCGCGCCAGGACUGCAGCACUGUUACGGAGGCAACGGUGCCUACCCGGAGACAGCCUUCGGCGCCCUCGUGAACUGGGUCGAGAACGGUGUCGCGCCCGAGACGCUAAACGCCACGAGUUUGCCGACGCGCGUGGGCGGUAUUAUCACGAGGCCGUUAUGCGCGUACCCUAAACAGCAGUAUUACGAGGCGUGCGCGACGCGGGAUUGUUUCGUUUGUAAAUAG